AUGGGCCCAUCAGAGUUCAAAGAGCUGCUGGUGCCUCCACCCGGCGAGACGGGCGCAUAUCUGGGAUUCGUAUUUGGGACGGCAAAGGAGCUCGGCAAGGGCUUCGUCCCUCUGCAGAUGAUCUCGCUGGGUGGUCGAAUGCUGAAUGUGGUCAGCGACCACGGCCCACUUGCGUCCUCUGGGAAUACGGGUAACAACACCCGGUCCAAGCUCCUCAGGAUCUCUGCGGCAGUUGGCGUGGCGAGGAUGAUCCUGGCCCCGAUGGUCUUGUACUUCGUAGCCUAUGCUUUCAAUGAGUACGUGCUCCCCGGCAUCAGAACUUCAUUGGCAUGUGCAGAUGCUUGCGCAAGAAGCAGCCUGGAGUGUCAGGUGUGGAGGAGUUUCCGAAACUGGCAUGAGCCAAAUCACAAUUUGGAUAUCUCGCCUGUUGAGGCCACGGGGCCAAAUCCGACCCAUCGCGCUUCUCGGCGGCAGCGUUCUAUUCUGCCAGGCAAGAGCUUCAAGAGGCAGAGUUGCACGAUUGGGCAUGUCUUCAUAACUUGGUACUGGUUCUGGGCUCCUGCAUUUAUCGUCUGCGCAAUGCCCACGGCCAACAACAUGUGUCUUGGCCUGUUGAUCCACCACGCGAAAGUCAGUUCAUCGAGUGGCGUUUUGAAUGUUGAGUUGUACUUUUUGCGGCUCGCGCAAUGCAUUGUGGUCAGGGCCCAAAACCGUGAACCUGCUUUCGCAGCCAUGCAGCUGGCCCGCUGCUUGCUCGUGCUGCAGCUGCUUCCUGGCAGCGCCCAGACACCAUUCACCACCAGACAAGAGUUGUACGACAAAGCCAGAGAGUGGACGAAUGGUGACCAGGCCGUGAAUGAUGACAUCGCAAUAGACCAGGGCUAUGGAGUAAUCAGUGCUUGGGAUGUGCCCCAGGUGACUGACAUGCGAUCAAUUUGUGAGAACUUUCCGACAUUCAAAUUUGUGGAGAAUAUGGCGUACAUGUUUGCGGGCGCCACAGCAUUUAACAAUGGCGCUGCAGCCCCUAACCAGCCCCUCAAGUUGGACACAGCGAAAGUGACGGACAUGGCGCACAUGUUUGAAACCGCCGCAAACUUCAACCAGCCCCUCGAGUGUCCCGGGAGCUGUUGUAAGUGGGACAUAUCGAGCGUGACCAACAUGAGACGCAUGUUCUCUGGUGCUUUAGCAUUUACCCAGCCCUCGAAUGGGACACAUCGAGUGUGCAGCCCAGUGGAGGGGCUGGUUAAAGGCAUGUUCUUGGAAGCUGCAGCCUUCAACCAGCCCCUCAACUCCUGGGACAUAUCGAGGGUGUCUAACUUGUACCAGAUGUUCAAAGAUGCUGCAGUUUUUAGCCAACGUUUGGCCUCCUGGGACACAUCAGCAGUUACAGACCAACGAGUGGUCUUGGUGGCCUUCACCACAGCUGCGAGAACAGUGCUUGCAAAGAUUCUGAAACCGACGACCACUGGUGGUCGUGUGCCCGCUUGCUGCGUCUUCUGCAUAAGUAGGAGCACCAUGGCCGACCUCAUUGGCAGUGGGCGCAGCAUCGCCGCGGCCACUACAGCGAUGCAGCUGAUGGCCGCCCCAGCCUCUCCGCAACAAAGCUAA